AUGCAGAGGGAUCUCGGUUUACAGCUCCCUAAAAUAGAUACCGUCGUCAAGAAGUCGUACGGCAUACUUACCUUCCUCAGUCGGGGCAUAGAGUACCUAAUUUUUAAAGUCAGGUUGGUUGCUCGGCCAACAUUUGGAAUGUUUCAUACAGUUCUGGUCGUCACAUUACCGGAGGGAUAUGGAGGCUUUGUCGAGUGUACAGAAACGGUGUACCAGGAUGUUGCCUGGUUUGGAGGGCAUUGGCUACAAGAAGAGAUCGGACAAACGAGAUUGAGGCUUGAGAACGGGGGCAGUCCUUGUGCUGGCCGAGUGGAAAUUCACUACAUGGGACCCUGGGGGUCUGUGAAUGAUUUAGGCUGGGAUCUGCCAGAUGCUACUGUUGUUUGUCGGGAGAUGAACUGUGGGACCGCGGUCUCUGCCCCAGGUGGGACAUACUUUGGACAGGGUUCUGGACCCAUUGUGACCUGGGGUGUUGAGUGCAGCGGGACCGAGCACGGCCUGAGGGAGUAUGAAAAUUUGUGGCCUAGACUGGUGAUUGGGGAAAGCCACUGUGAUGGCCGUGUUGAGAUUCUCUACAAUGGAAGCUGGAGCAGCCCACAGAACACCCUGUGGGAUCUGAAUGGUGCUGACGUUGUGUGCAGACAGCUGGGAUGCAGUUAUGCCUUAGAAACGUAUAACUUUUCAAAGUACGGGGAGAUUGAUAGGUGUCUGAGAGUGUAUAGUAUCCAGUGUCUUGGACAGGAAUCGCAGCUCCGAGACUGCAAGAUCUCCAGUCCGCUGAAUUCGUCUGUCACUGUUAGCAGUGGCGUUGGCAUCCUCUGUUCAGAACAUAUCCAGUUAAGGCUGUCAGAUGGUGGAAGCCGUUGUGCUGGCCGAGUAGAGAUUUACUACAAAGGGACAUGGGGAUCAGUUUGUGAUGACUCCUGGGAUUUGGGAGACGCUGAAGUGGUUUACAAACAGCUGGGUUGUGGAAAUAUAUUGGAUAUGACACUUCCUUCCUCCUACGGACCGGGCUCAGGGCCAGUUUGGCUGAAAGAUGUGAAGUGUUCUGGAAACGACUCAUUUCCCUGGGAAUGUCCUUCAGCACAACUUGAACACAAGGACAUGCGGUUGGUAAAUGGAAAGCAUCUUUGUGAGGGGAGAGUGGAAGUGUUCUGCAAUAGGACCUGGGGAACAGUAUGCUUGAAAAAUCUAGAGCGACACGAUGCUGAAGUGAUUUGUAAACAGCUGCACUGCGGUGCCCUCCUGUUCAUUGAUUAUUACAAUGAACGCUGGGGCACGUUGUAUGGUGAUUCCUGGGAUAUAACUGAUGCCAGUGUUGUCUGCCGACAGCUGAGAUGCCUUUACACUGGUGGCAGAGGCUCCAUUCUUGGUUUGUACCAAGGAAUUUAUGAAGAAAUUGAAAAUAUUCCCUCUGGCAAGAAGAUGGAUCAGAAACAUGGGCCAGUAAUUUCUGCUUCCAUUGAGUUACUCAAUCGCAUUGAAUACGUCAGCAGCCGCAACUUGAGAGACAAUAAUCCGGAAUCAGAAUAUCCUGAGGUGAACUCAAACAGUUUUCCAGGGAGAGUUGUCGACACUCAGGCUGAACGAGGAGAGACAGUGAAGGUGAGAGUUGUGAAUGGAGGCAGUCCUUGCGCUGGCCGAGUGGAGGUUCACUAUCAGGGGCUGUGGGGAACUCUGUAUGAUUUUGACUGGGACCUGCCAGAUGCUACUGUUGUUUGUCGGGAGCUGGGCUGUGGGAUCGCUGUCUCUGCCCCUGGCGGGGCUCACUUUGGACAAGGAUCUGGACUGAUUGUUACAACGGGUGUUGUGUGCAGCGGCGAUGAGCGUGCUCUGCGGGAGUGCCAAUCAUUGCAUUGGGGUCACUACGGCUUUCCACAUUCCAAUGAUGCUGGUGUCAUCUGUUCAGGCUUUUAUAACAUCUCACAAGAAAAUGUAAUGCUCGAUUCACCCGAAUUGAUAUAUUAUGCUGAAUUGAACAAAGCAGGGAAAAGGUACCGAAAGUAUAAUCGUCUGUGUUAUUGCCUAACAGAACAUAUCAACUUAAGGCUAUCAGAUGGUGGAAGCCCUUGUGCUGGUCGAUUGGAGCUUUACUACAAACGGACCUGGGGAUCGGUUUGUGAUGACUCCUGGGAUGUUAUGGACGCUGAAGUGGUUUGCAAACAGCUGGGUUGUGGAAAUACAUUGGAGAUGACAUUUCCUUCCUCCUACGGACCGGGCUCAGGGCCAGUUUGGCUGAAAGAUGUGAAGUGUUCUGGAAAUGAAUCAUUUCUCUGGGAUUGUCCUUCAGCAGAACUGGGUCACCAAGAGGACUGUUCUCAUAAAGAGGAUGUGAGAAUUAUGUGCUCAGAGCACAAGGAGAUGCGGCUGGUGAAUGGAAAGCAUCGCUGUGAGGGGAGAGUGGAAGUGUUCUACAAUGGGACCUGGGGAACGGUGUGUUCGGAAAGUCUGGAUAUUCAUGAUGCAGAAGUGAUUUGUAAACAGUUGCACUGCGGUGUCCUCAUAUCCAUUGAUUAUUAUACUCGGUUAUUUGGAGCAGGAAGAGGACCUAUUUGGCUAGAUGAGGUGGAUUGUCUGUCACACGAGACGACCCUGUGGGAAUGUCAGACAGAACCGUGGGGUCAACACAACUGUGAGCAUAGGGAAGAUGCCGGUGUUAUUUGUUCAGAGAGCGAUGUCAGGAAGGAACAGCCGCUCAGUUCAAAUUUCUGCCAACAACAGCCAGAUUCACAACAUAGCGUGCGCCUGGAUGGAGGGAGCAGCAACUGUUCUGGGAGAGUGGAGAUCAUGUGCGAUGUACGCUGGGGCACGUUGUGUGGUGAUUCCUGGGAUAUAACUGAUGCCAAUGUUGUCUGUAGACAACUGAGAUGUGGUUUCGCUGUAUCGGCCCAAGGAGGGCCCGCUGUCUCCCAGGGUAAAGGUGUGAUCUGGCAGAAUGAUGUGAAGUGUAAGGGAAGUGAAUCCUAUCUGUCUGACUGUCUCUCCCCAGCACUAGCUCAAAGGGAGUGUAAUCCUAAGGAAUUUGCCAGUGUGAUCUGUUCUGUAAUUUCUACUUCCAUUGACUUACUCGAUCGCUUCGAAUGUGACACCAGCCAAAAGCUGAGUGACAAUAAUCUGGGAUCAGAAAAUCCAGGGGUGACAUCCAAUAGUAUUCCGGGUCCAAUUCAUCGCGAUGACGAUAGUACUGAGACUGAAUCUCAGGAUGACCAGCCAGAAUUGGACAGGGAUUCUGAUGAAGCCCUCACGCUGACAAAUGUUGGUUGUGGUCUUUGCUCACUUGGUAUUGUAACAAUGUUGAGUAAGUCGGCAAUGCAGCACCGAGCAGAACAGUCACACCAUCAACGCAUGGAUCCCAAAGAGGCUCACAAAAGGUCCAAUUACAUUGAGUUGGCAGUGUCUGUCUAUGUGAAAGCCAGUUGGUGGGAAGGAUUAGAUGACAAUCUGUGGGAUCUGAAUGCUGGUCACGUUGUAUGCAGGCAACUUGGAUGCGGUUAUACCUUAGAAACGUAUAACUCUUCAAAGUACGGGAGAGCAAAGGACAUCUGCAAGUUCUUGGUGUCCAGUGUCAUGGACAGGAAACACGGCUGCAAGAUUGCAGGACUUCAGGACCAUCGAUUUCGAAUGGCACUGAUAGCGAUAUCAUCGUCUAACAUUAAUUCUGACAUGUUCACCAUUCCGAAUUUACGUGGUACAAUCCAGGCGCUAGCAAUUCGCUUUCCAAAGCAAUACUUACAGUUAAGGCAAUCAAAUGGUGGCAGCCCCUGUUCUGGUCGAGUGGAGAUUUACUACAAAGAUACAUGGGGCUCAGUUUGUGAUGACUCCUGGGAUGUGGUGGACGCUGAAGUGGUGUGCAGACAACUGGGUUGUGGAAAUGCACUGGAUAUGGCACUUCCUUCAUCCGAUGGACUGGGCUCAGGCCCAGUUUGGUCGAAAGAUGUGAAGUGUUCCAGCAAUGAAUCAUUUCUCUGGGAAUGCUCUUCAGCACAACUGAGUCACCAAGAUAUCUGUUCUCAUAAAGUGGAUGUGAGAAUUACGUGCUCAGAGCACAAGGAGAUGCGGCUGGUGAAUGGAAAGCAUCGCUGUGAGGGGAGAGUGGAGGUGUUGUACAAUGGGACCUGGGGAGCAGUGUGCUCAGAUAGCCUGGAUUCACACGAUGCGAAAAUAAUUUGUAAGCAGUUGGAAUGUGGUGUCUUCCAUUAUGUUGAUUAUGAAACUCAGUUAAUCGGAACAGGAACGGGACAUAUUUGGCUCAAUGAGAUGGAGUGUUUGUCACACGAGCCGAAGCUGUGGCAAUGUCAGACAGAUCCGUGGGGUCAAAACAACUGUAACCACUGGAAACAUGCAGGUGUUGUUUGUUCAGAUUUGCAACAUAGCGUGCUGGAUGGAGGGAGCAGCAACUGUUCUGGGAGAGUGAAGGUCAUGUGCGAUGAACGCUGGGGCACGUUGUGUGGUGAUUCCUGGGAUCUAACUGAUGCCAAUGUUGUCUGCGGACGGCUAAGAUAUGGUUUUGCUGUAAUGGCUCAAGGAGGGCGCGCUGCCUCCCAGGGUGAACGUGUGAUCUGGAAUAAUGAUGUGAAGUCAAUUUCUGCUUCCAGUGAUUCAUUCAAUCGCAUUGAAUACUACACCAGUCACAACCUGAGUGACAACAGUCUUGAGCAGAACUCCAACAGUAUUCAGGGCCCAAUUCGUGCUGUUUAUGAUGAUAUUGAGACUGAAGAAGGUGAAUUUCAGGAUGGACAGGUACAACUGGACAGUGAUCUGAUGAGCCCCUCACGCUGA